UUAGUUCCACGUGCGACUCACGGUCACUAACGAUACAGGGUUCCCUGGCUGGACAUCUGAAGGCUUCAAAGUCUGCCGCGGGACGACUGUCGCGUCCUCCGUUGCCGAUUGUAGAUUCCGCCGCAGAACCACGACUCAUGUGUAGCUUCCCCGCAUCUCCAUUAGGCCCACCCCCGACUUUAAAAAAACCGGGCCAUCCAGUACGUGCGAAAUUCCCGAUGACAAUGGAUUCGCCGCGACCACGCAAACGCCGUGCCAUCAAUGCAUGCGUCAGUUGCCGAACCUCCAAAGUACGAUGCGACGGGAACCGCCCUUGCCAACGAUGUGACCGGAAUGGCGCAACCUGCCAAUACUUUGACGCCGUAAAGGACGAAAAUGUGUUGCGGAUCGAAAGGCUCGAAAAUGAGAUGGCUGCUCUUCGUGAACACAUGCGUAUCCAGCGGCAUCCAGACAAGAGCUUACCCAUGGAGAAUGCGACUGUGACAGUGCCAGAAGUCGCACUCCGGUCUCUGCCCAAGUGCAACGCCACGGCCGUUGACGCAGGCCUCAUUACAUGGGAACAGGCUGUACACUGGUAUCAAAGUUUCUUCUCGGGCAGUCAAUACCUUGUGCCCAUCUUUUGCGAGAGACAUGAUAACAUCGCAUCAUUGGCUUCACGGAGCCCAAUUCUUUUCGACGCCAUAGUCAGUAUUGGAUGUCGAGUCGCCGAAGGUUUCAACACCAGGAUCUAUCGCCGCCUCCAGACUCGAGUCCGUGAUCAAUUUACCGACAUGUUUAUCAACACAAAUACCCCUACAGUAGAGGAUAUACAGGCCAUCGCACUGGUGGCUGCGUACUCGGAGAACGCGUUCGUUCUGGUGGCUAUGGCCCUUCGCUUCGCCAUUCAACUUGGGCUACCUCAUGUUGUCGAUCAGCUUAUCGCCAAAAGUCACGCACGAUCCGGGAUCGUGACCGCCGAUGAGCAAGAGCUUUACCGUCUAUCUAGAGUUUGGCUUGGAAUCUGCAACCUUGAGCUCUUUUUCUCGCUCGAUGGCGGUAAACUGCCGGGUCUGUCUCUUCAAAUGUCAUCUCGAAAGAUCAGAUGUCUAUUGGCUCACCCAGAACGUACAUCUACGGACAUCCGCCUUCUCUCGCAAGUGGAGCUCAACAUCAUCCGCACGGAAGCUUAUACAAAGAUCAUGGGCCAGAAUAAUGACUAUAUGGGUCAACACAGCGAGGAUCAACUUCGGACUACGGUAGAGGAGGCUUGUGUUGAGCUGUCACUGUGGCUCGAUGAAUGGACCAACAUUGCUCUGACCGAACCAGCGCCACAUCAACGAACUCUUGCGUUGCAGAACUUGUGUAUACAGCAAGCUUGGGCGACGAUGACUAUGUACCUCAAGGCGGUAGGCUCUUCAGGGAUCGAGAACAUUGCGAUCAUGACUGACUUUCAGCGCGAUUUCAUACGCAAAGCCAAGGAGGCAGCGAAUCGACAUCUCCAUUACAUGCUUCAGUCAUCAUCAACACCAACCUCGUCGCCGGUGUCUCAUGCUUCGACCUCUGGCUCAACGUACCUCAGCACCUUUCGCUGGACACUCGAUUAUGUCUGGGCCAAGUGCGCCGUCUCAGUCUUGCUGGUCCUCAAGUUGGCCAUUCUCCUCCGCGACCCGGUACCUUCGGUCAUGGCGCUGCUCAGCGAUGCGCAUCGCGUACUGGAAGAGCUAAAGACUGUAACUGUGGGUCACAUCGCAUAUUUUCAGAUUUUGCAAACCAGCAUUGAGAAGUGUGAGGCUGCUCUCCGAGAGUAUGCUGCAGAACAAAUAACCGACCAGGACUCUUCGAUGGCGGAGGCGAGGAGCAGUGUAGCUGAAGACGAGUUCCAAGGUUACGUACCCAGCGAGUUCGUAUUCGAAUGGGACUUUCCUGGGCUCAACCUGAAACAUAUGCCGCUCGGAUGGCAAGACCUCUUUGUCAAUAUCGACAGCUUGUUCUAGGUCAAAGGCAUGCUCGGAAAGUAGGCUGCAAUACAAGAGCCGUGCAUGGUGGAUCGAUCCGAUGGUCAAGCAUAUCCACAAGCAUCAAUAGUGUUUACAACCAGAUACCAAUGAAACAUACGGUGUAUGUACAUUCUGUACACAUUGUAGCUAAGCUACUACUAUAGAAGCUUGUCUUCCAGGCGUCAACCCAUUGAUCAAUACACAUAGAUG